CCUCUUCCUUCUACAAAUUUGCCAGUAUUAAAGUCAACUCACACAAAUCUAUUCUAACAACAAACUCAACAACUCCAGAUAAAUCUAUACUCUUCGACAAUGAACAGUUAACAGCAAUCAAGAACAGAACACCGUUCAACUAUCUGGUUGCCUGGUUCUUAACAAGUGGAAAGCCGAUAUCAGUACAGAAGGAAAUUAUUGCAAAAGCUAUAAUUAACCUAAAAAAG